CCAAAGCUCAACCGACAAGCCGCUCCAAUUCUUCACUCCGUACAAGCACAUCGCGAAGCUCGACAGCAUCUCCCCUCAUCUCACAAUGGCAUCACGUUUGGCAAGAAGCGCUGCAGGCGCCGCCCGUCUUCGACCAGCUUUCUCUCCCCGUACCCUCCCGGCCCUCACCACAUCCCUCACAAGCUACCGAUCGUCUUCGACCGUUCCAGCAGAGGACCCAAAGAAGAAGGCACAAUCGAUUCUCGACUCUUUGCCAGGCAACUCUUUGAUCUCCAAGACCGCGAUCCUUUCGUCCUCGGCCGGUGCCGCCAUCUACGCAAUCAGCAACGAAUACUAUGUUGUGAACGAGGAGACAGUUGUUGCGCUCUGCUUGUUGAGCAUCUGGGGUGCCGUCUUCAAAUAUGGUGGACCAAUGUACAAGGAGUGGGCGGAUGGACAGGUCAACAAGAUUAAGGGCAUCUUGAACGCUGCUCGUGCCGAUCACACCGAAGCCGUCAAGACCAGAAUUGAGAGCGUGCAACAAUUGGGAAGCGUUGUGGAUGUUACCAAGACUCUCUUCGAGGUCUCAAAGGAAACCGCACAACUUGAGGCUAAGGCAUACGAGCUCGAGCAAACCACUGCUCUUGCUGCUGAGGCGAAGGCUGUUCUCGAUUCGUGGGUUAGAUAUGAGGGACAGGUCAAGAUCCGUCAACAGAAGGAGCUUUCGGAAUCUGUCAUUGCCAAGAUCCAGAAGGAGCUCGAGAACCCCAAGGUCCUUCAACAGAUCUUGCAACAAAGCGUAGCAGAUGUUGAGAAGAUCAUCUCGUCCAAGGCGCAAUAGAUUAGUGAUGGGAUCGAGCAGAAACAGAUUUCCUUUUGUCACCCAUGUUGUUUAUAAACCUCCUGUGCCAUAGUAACCCCUCAAGUAUCAAUUCCUAAAAC